UAGCACAGAGCAGUGCAAGGCUGGCCGGAGCAGUCACUUUCAGCUGGAUCGUUCACUGAGACACACAGAGCUCACAUUAACUCUACAGUAGAACGGACCUCACAGCUGGACUUUUAUGAAUACCGGUAAGCAGCAGAAGCCAGUGCUUACAGGCCAACGGUUUAAGACCAGGAAAAGGGAUGAAAAGGAGAAGUUUGAGCCCACAGUUUUCCGAGACACAAUUGUUCAGGGCCUCAACGAAGCUGGGGGGGAUCUCGAUGCUGUAGCCAAAUUUCUGGAUGUCACAGGGUCAAAAUUGGACUACCGUCGCUAUGCUGACACCCUGUUUGACACCCUCAUUGCCGGAAGCAUGCUUGCUCCUGGAGGGACUCGCAUGGAUGAAGGGGACAGGACCAAGGUGACGGAUCACUGUGUGUUUACCGCAGAGGAAAAUCAAACUGCCCUUCGCGGUUAUGCUCAGGUUUUCAAUAAACUUAUCAGGAGAUACAAAUAUCUAGAGAAGGCGUUUGAGGAGGAAAUCAAAAAGUUGCUCCUCUUCCUGAAGGCCUUCAGUGAGUCUGAGCAGACCAAACUGGCCAUGCUGACUGGUAUCCUGCUGGCAAACAACAGUCUGCCACCUCAGAUUCUAACCAGCCUUUUCAGUGACAAUAUAGUAAAGGAAGGCAUUGCCGCCUCCUUUGCAGUGAAGUUGUUCAAGGCUUGGAUAGCUGAGAGAGAUGCCAAUGCAGUGACUUCAGCCCUGCGAAAGGCCAGUUUGGAUAAGAGACUCCUGGAACUCUUCCCUGCGAACAAGCAGAAUGUGGAGCACUUCUCUAAGUACUUUAAUGAGGCCAGCCUGAAGGAGCUGUCAGACUUCCUGAGGGUACAGCAGUCUUUGGGCACCCGUAAGGAGCUGCAGAAAGAAUUGCAGGAGCGUCUGUCUCAGGAAUGCCCAAUCAGAGAGAUUGCAGUGUAUGUGAAGGAGGAGAUGAAAAAGAAUGAUCUGCAGGAGCAUGCUGUGAUUGGCUUACUGUGGUCCUGCCUGAUGAAUGCUGUGGAGUGGAAUAAGAAGGAAGAGCUGGUUACUGACCAAGCUCUCAAACACCUGAAGCACUACGCUCCCCUGCUGGCCAUGUUUAGUACUCAGGGCCAAUCAGAACUGGUCUUGCUACUCAAGAUUCAGGAGUACUGUUACGACAACAUCCACUUUAUGAAAUCCUUCUCCAAGAUAGUGGUGCUGUUCUACAAAGCCGAUGUCCUUAGUGAGGAAGCCAUUUUGAAGUGGUACAAAGAUGCCCAUGCUGCCAAAGGGAAAAGCGUCUUUCUGGAGCAGAUGAAGAAGUUUGUGGAGUGGCUUCAGAAUGCUGAGGAAGAGUCUGAGUCUGAGAAGGAGGAGGAUUAGCAGCCGGGGUUCUGAAGAUCUACUCUUCACAGUCUACUCUUUGUGGCCAGCCUGUUAGUGCACUGUAGUCUCCGUGUCAUUGCGUAUUGCCUAGUAAGAGGUGUCCUUAGACACUCAAGCACAACUCAAGAAAAAGCCAUGGACCUCUGGGCUCUACGUCAAGAGUACAGGAGACGUCACAUAGACAGCCUUUUAAUAACAAACAACACACAGGCACACACACUUUUUACCAAUGCUGUUCAGGUACUGUGUGAAAGAUGUCAGCUUCUGCAGUAGAUUAUCAUUUUGACAAAGUCACUUGUGUAUGUAUGUGAUUGCUUUUUAUUAAUAAAAAAGGUGUUUUA